AUGAAUGGUGGAAUUACUAACUUAUUUAAUUAUGGUAAUAUUUAUUUUGUAUCAACCCCUUUUAAAGAGUUUCAAGGGUCUAAUGAUUCUAUCACAAAAACUACAUCAUUUGAUAUAUUAAAUAAUAAAAAUAUAAAAACACAAGAAAAAUGUCAUGAAAAUCAAAAAAUAAUGAAAGAGGAAAUUCAAGAAGAUAAUAAUAUUCAAAAAGAAUCAAAAGAUGAAUUAGAAGUUAAGAAAGAAAAAAAAGAAAUACAAAAAGAAGAAAAUAUAAACAAAAGAAAAGGAAUUGAUAUGAAAAAUAUUGAAAAUGAAAAAUAUUUUAUUGGAAUUCCAAUAAUAGAGAAAUCCUUUUUUCAUAAAUUUUAUGAACCAUUAAAAGAAUGGACUUCUAAACAAACAUUUAAAUUAAUUUAUGAUAGUAAUUCUGAUGGUUUAACUGCUUGUUCAUUUAAUACGUUACUAAAAGGGAAAGAAAAUAUUUUAUUAAUGGUGUUUACAAAAAAAGGAUAUGUCUUUGGCUCUUUUCAUUCAAUUAUUCCAAAUGAUAAGUCAAUGAUCUCUAAUGACUUAAAUCAUUUUUUAUUUUCUUUAUCUUCUCCUUAUCUUACUGAACCAACAAAAUUUAUUGGUAAUGGUAUUCUUCAUCUUCAUGAUGACUCAGAAGAUAAUAAUGUGAUUGAUAUUUUCUCAGGUUAUUCUAUUUAUUCCAAUAACACUGUUAUGGUUUAUUCUUCUUUUGAUGCUACUUAUCACUCUGACUGUAAAAAUUUCGUUGGUAAAUCAAAUUCUAAAGUUAUUAUAACAAAGUUUAUUGCUUUUGAAUGUAUGUAA